AGAAGGAGGAGGAAACAUGGCCCGGCCGAGAGCAACGCCAGGAAACGGCCGGCCCCGGGCGCCGCGGACCUGGCAGCCGCCGCCCUGCCGCCUCGGGGGCUGGGCGGGCGGCGCCGGCUCCGCCCCGCUGCGGGCCGCCCGCGCCGGCAGAGGCGGCUCCGUUCGCCGCUGUGACGCCGGCGGCGCUGGAACACCUGGAGGGGCGGCGGCGCCUCUGGCUCGGCCCUCCCCUCCCCUCCGCCGCGGGCAAGGGACAUUGGUUUCCAGGAGAGUCAGGUGGACGUGUACAGCGUGUAAGUGUCUGAAGAAAACAAGAAACAUGGAAGGUCAUAAGUACAAUUAUCCGAGGGAAUUUUAUGACCAAUAUGCUCAAAGCCAAGAAAAAUCUGUGGUCAAUAAAAUGCAACAGAAAUACUGGAAAACAAAACAAACCCUUAUAAAAGUUACAGGAAAAAAAGAAGAUGAACAUGUUGUGGCUUCAGAUGCAGAUCUGGAUGCAAAACUAGAGCUGUUCCAUUCUAUUCAGAGAACAUGUAUGGAGUUGCUGAAAGCAAUUGAACUGUAUCAAAAAAGGAUUUGUUUUCUGUCUCAGGAAGAAAAUGAACUGGGGAAAUUUCUUCGAUCACAGGGUUCUCAGGAUAAAACGAGAGCAGGAAAAAUGAUGCAAGCCACAGGAAAGGCUCUCUGCUUUUCUUCUCAGCAAAGGUUAGCACUGCGUACUCCUUUGAGUAGAUUGUAUCAAGAAGUGGAGACUUUCAGAUAUAGGGCCAUCUCAGACACAUGGCUGACAGUAAACCGAAUGGAACAGUAUCGGACUGAAUACAGAGGAGCUCUACUCUGGAUGAAAGACGUGUCUCAGGAGCUGGAUCCAGAUCUUUAUAAGCAGAUGGAAAAGUUCAGGAAGGUUCAAGCUCAAGUGCGACACGCAAAACUGAACUUUGACAAACUGAAGACUGAUGUCUGUCAAAAAGUGGAUCUUUUGGGAGCAAGCAGAUGCAACCUCCUUUCUCAUGUAUUAACAACAUAUCAGACAACACUUCUUCAUUUUUGGGAAAAAACUUCGCACACGAUGGCAGCCAUCCAUGAAAGUUUCAAAGGUUAUCAGCCGUAUGAAUUCACUAUGUUAAAGAGCUUACAAGAUCCUGUGAAUAAACUAACAGAAAAAGCAGAAAAGGAGGACCUGCAGAUUGAGAGCACCAAAUCAGUACAAGAUCAGCAGAGUCAGUUGAUUUCAUUAGAUGAGGAGAGCCAUACCAAGGAAUCAAACUAUUCAGCUGACGAUGGCAAGGAUAUCAUAUCCACAUUACAAGGAAAUUGUAACCACAAGCAGAACUCAGGUGCCAUAGAUGACUUGUUAGACCUGCAACCUGAAGAAAAUGGUAUGAAACAUUUGUCUUCGAAGGAUCAGUUUGUGAGGUCCUUGGAGUCAGAACCUGGUGAUAAGGAUGACAUGGUAUUACUGAAUGAGAUCCUCAACGCUUCUUCCCUGGACGAAGGGGAAUUCAGCAAAGAGUGGACAGCAGUUUUUGGACAGGUUGCACUUGCUGAUCUCACCAUGAACUCUUCAGCUAGAGAUGUGGAGAAUACUUCAUCAUCUGUGGCACCAACACCAUCAGGCUACUUGCCCUCACAGCUGUUAGACCAAAACAUGAAUGACUUGCAGUCAUCUUUACAUGGAUGGGCAGCUAACAGUGUGAGCCCACCAUCUAUACCACAGCCAGAACAGAAACCAAACAGCCUGAAUGUGAAUGCUAACAAGACACCAGUGAAAGAACCUACAAAGAAUCCUAAGGACUUGACUGCCUGGUUCAGUCUCUUUGCAGACCUUGACCCAUUAUCCAAUCCUGAUGCUGUUGGGAAAACUGAUAAAGAACAUGAAUUGCUUAAUGCAUGAGUCAGCUGCCUAUGGUAACUCAUAUUCUUCCAUUCAUCAACACUAUUUUGAGGUUUAAAAAAACUAAAUGAAAAUUAGUAUACUGUUGUGAAACUAUAAAGUAUGUGCCAUGAUAAUAAAACUAAAGGGAAUGAAUCCCCUUUUAUUUAGGUACAGUUAUUUGCUCUUGUUUUGUAUAAAGAGUUCACAUUUAUUUUCUACGUGGAUUUACAAAAAUGAGGUUAAAAAUUAGGGCAGAUUUCUUGCCAAAUUAGAUUAUCUGCUGAAACACUGUCUUUGCCUGAGGUGAUGCGGAGCUAACGCUGGGGUGAAAUACAAAUUGCAAACCUAUUUUUUUAUAAUGUUUCUUGAGUAAAUAAAAAAAAAUCAUGUAACUGAGGAGGGUGCAUGAGUCAAACAUCUAUCAUGUAUAUAAUCUAUAUAUUACUGCUACAUUAAGAUGUCAAUUAAAUUUGUUUUGUUAGUACUCUCAGUGAAAAACCUGUGCUGGGGCUAAUUAUUGAAGAAAUACAUUUGGGUCUGUGCAGCCAUGGAAAUAGUGCCCUUCCUUUCUGAUUUAACUUACUAGACAAACUGCACUACAUAAACAGAAGUCAUGCCCAGCAGGCUUCUUUUCUGAGGUUUUUUCUCCAUUGCACCAACAGAAUAUGCACCUCUUUGCAGAAGUUCCUUGCAACUGAUGCUUUCCCAUGCUUUCAAAACAUUCGUAUUUCUUUUCGGAGUAUUUUUCAUCCAGUUUAUUUCUGAAGCAUGUGUUAUUUUGAGCUUGUUGUGACAUUAACUCCUUAAUAAAAUGAUUUUGACAAAAAAGACCUUUUAUUCCCACUGGAAUGCUGGUGUGCUGUUGAAUUGGUACAUAACAAGCAUUUGAAGAUAAAACAUAUGACCACUUUUUAGACAGUACCUAAUAAUUAAUAUCAUUGCCUCAUGCUGUUUCUGAAUAGUAAUCCAGUAGGACAGUAAGAAAAUUUGAACUCACUCAGUGUCCCUUUGCCUCCCCACUCUCCUUUUACAGCAAAGAAAGGUAAAAAGGAUGUGUCAGCAGCCGCUUAAGAUCAUAAAUUCUGCAUAUUUGCUCUAUGUAUUGUAUAAGACCUACUUUGCAAUUUAUUGUAUUUGGCCUUUUUUAGUUCAGUUAAUUUUCCUUUUACGUUGGUUAAGUUUUUCACUACCAGUUAACUGUACACUCAGUUAAUCCUUGCCUCAUGGUCUAUUAGAUAACUAAGUACUUGCAUUGGAAACAUGACAGUAACUAUAUAAACAUAGAAGUUAACCAAGCUGACCUGCUGCUUCUUGAAUGGAGCAGAACAUAAUUUGAUGGCUGCACUGAGCAGCAUUAAUGUGUGUUUGAUACCUCCUAGCUAAAAAGCUACAUGCUAUCAGUAAUUGGGGGGGGUUGGACUGACUGGAGUUCAUCUGACUGAAUCCUCAGCAAGUUUUAAGUAAAUACCUCUGUCCAAAACUGUAGCAUUCAAAAGCCCACCCCAUAGCCUGGAAGUCUCAAGGUACUUCAGUUUUUGCCCGAGAAGUUCUUCAGAUGUUUAGCAGCAUAUUUUCACAUUUUUUGUAUGGCCUGGUCUUCUCUUUGUGCAGUACCCAGCCCAUCCAGGUCCCUAGCACCGAGGUUGGUAAUUAAGACAUGGAAGCUGAGGUGGAUGCCUAACUGUCUCUAAAGAUAAAACUUGAUUCCUUCCACAGUAUUUCCUACUGUUUGGUACCAGCUGCUCCUUGCUCAAUAAGCUGUCUUUUCUGGGAUGUAUAACUUUGUUGAGCAUUAGCGGGGAGCAUGAUCUCCUGACUUUGGGCUGCAGUCUCUGGCAGUAAAUAAGGCAUCUACAAAGUGGAUUAACUGGGAAAUACCUAAGGUUUACGCUGGGGUGCAUUUACUUACACUUAUGAGUGCUCGUUUGCACUCAUAACACAGGAUGUUUGCCCCAAAUCCUCUUCAUGUCAAACUGUAAUUAUCUGCAAUGCCAAAAAUGUUAGGAGCUCAAGGGAUACACAGGCUGCUUUUCAGCCCAGCGAGGUUACCACUGAAAUCAUUAAACAGAUUCUUGCAACUUUUAAGCAAUUCUGUGGUUGCUAACCUUGCUAUGGAUUAUGUUUGUUUGUCUUGAUAGUUGCUAGAACAUUCAUGGACAAUCACUUUAGCAUUUUUAGUAGCUAAAGCAAUUAGGAUAAAAGCAAAGAGGAGGCCAUAGUGACUUCAAAACAGCUAAUUAACUGUUCUUCAAGAAUCAGAAAAAUGCUUGUGUUUGUUUGCUUUUUAGGUCACAGAUUCUAGACUUCUAAGUUUAAAAAAAGAAAAGUCUCCUGUCUUGAUUGGCACAAUUAAGGGCAUUGCACAAGUUCAGCUAAAGAUGUUCUGAAUCCUCAUCAUGUUUUUAGGUAGAAAACCAGCUGAAUGAUCAUCGCUUUUACACAAGAAAUACCAUGGCUGCAGGGUUCCCCGCCCCCCAACUACACUAUCAAUUAGUUCAUAUUAUGCAUUAAUUUCUUGUAAUACGUAAUUUUUGAAAUUAACAUUAGCUUUGAAUUCUUAGUCCUUAGCCUAUGCAAUUUUUUUACACUUUCAAAUGAAAAAAAGAGCCAAAAGUAUUUAAAAUAGAAUUAAUUUUGCUUAAAGAAAAGCAACUGAAAUCCCUACGUACAGUGCAUUAUUGUCAAAAACAUUUAUUGAAGCUGAAAACUAGAGCAAGAAAGCUAACACCCUGCAAAUAGGCAUUUUUCAGGCAAAAAUCUUAAUUACAGAGUUAGUUACAAACAAUGCUUCCCUACUACUAAUGAAGUGUAUAGCAUGUGUUUCUCAGCAGCCUGGCUGCAGAGUAGCUCCAAGCCCCAAUGCCAUCGUGAGAGGAUUUUCUGUGAUGUGUGUACAGGCUCAGCAGUAGUUGGGACAACAGGGUAGUUCAUCAUCCUGGUAAAAUUACAGAUGGAUUGUUCUACACACAUAACGUUCAUCUUGAUUUAAUAUGCUUCAUUCCAGUUGCAUAUUCUGGUUGAGUAGUGGAUUCUUUUAAAAUAAAAACAGCUGCAGAACCCUAUGGCAGAUGAAAACAGUGGUAAUUGAUUAACUGUCUUUAUCUGGAAGUUUUUAUUAAAGUUGAUGUAACUGA